ACUCCUCUCUGCUCAGCUACUCUCUGCAAGCACCAUCAAUCUGAAUCCCGAAGGCCCCAGAAAUCUGUCCUCUGGUAGCUGCCGCUGCUCUUCUGCCUCAGCCAGCCCAGAAGCACCAUGAAAUUGGAAUUCACGGAGAAAAACUACAACAACUUUGUGGUCCAGAGCCUGAACAAACAGAGGAAACGAAGAGAGUACUGGGACAUGGCCCUAACCGUGGACCACCAUGUCUUCUUUGCACAUCGCAACGUGCUGGCCGCGGUGUCCCCGCUGGUGAGGAGCCUCCUGCCCAGCAACGACAUGAAGACCACCGACGAGCUCUUCAUCGCCAUCGACCCCAACUACCUGAGUGCGGCCACGGUGGAGCAGCUCCUGGACUACUUCUACAGCGGCAAGGUGGUGAUCUCGGAGCAGAACGUGGAGGAGCUGCUCCGGGGCGCCCAGUACUUCAACACCCCGCACCUGCGCGUUCACUGCAACGACUUCCUCAUCAAGUCCAUCCGCAGGGCCAACUGCUUGCGCUACCUCUUCCUGGCCGAGCUGUUUGAGCUCAAGGAGGUGUCAGACCUGGCCUACUCGGGCAUCCGGGACAACUUCCACUACUGGGCGGGUCCCGAGGGCUCCUCGCACUUCAUGCACUGCCCGCCUGUCAUCUUCGGCCGCCUGCUCCGCGACGAAAACCUUCACGUGCUCAACGAGGACCAGGCGCUCAGUGCCCUCAUCAACUGGGUGUCCUUCCGAAGGGAGGAGCGCGAGAAGUACUUCAAGAAGUUCUUCAGUUACAUCAAUCUCAACGCCGUCACCAACAAGACGCUGGUGUUCGCCAGGAACAAGCUGGUGGGCAUGGAGAGCAGCUCGUGCCACGUCCCUCUGAUCGAGAGCGUCCUGGUGGACCGCAAGCAGGAGCGGCCCUGCAGCCUGCUGGGCUACCAGCGCAAAGGCUCCCUGCUCGACUCUGUGGUCAUCCUCGGUGGCCAGAAGGCUCAAGGCAAGUUCAACGAUGGCGUGUUUGCCUAUAUCAUCCAGGAGAACCUGUGGCUGAAGCUCUCGGAGAUGCCCUAUCGCGCGGCAGCGCUCAGUGCCACCUCUGCGGGCCGCUACAUCUACGUCUCGGGUGGCACCACGGAACAGAUUUCAGGGCUGAAGACAGCAUGGCGAUACGACAUGGAUGACAACUCGUGGACCAACUUGCCUGACCUGCCCAUCGGGCUUGUCUUCCACACCAUGGCGACCUGCGGGGGCAACGUGUACUCCGUGGGCGGGAGCAUCGCCCCAAGGCGCUAUGUCUCCAACAUCUACCGCUACGACGAGCGCAAGGAGGCCUGGUGCCUGGCAGGGAAGAUGAGCAUCCCCAUGGAUGGCACGGCUGUGAUCACCAAGGGCGACCGGAACCUGUACAUCGUCACCGGUCGCUGCUUGGUGAAGGGCUACAUCUCCCGCGUCGGGGUAGUGGACUGCUUCGACACCAGCACCGGGGAGGUGGUCCAGUGCAUCACCUUCCCCAUUGAGUUCAACCACCGGCCCUUGCUGUCCUUCCAGCAGGACAACAUCCUCUGUGUGCACAGUCACCGGCAGAGCGUGGAAAUCAACCUGCAGAAGAUCAAGGCCAACAAGACCACCGCCUCGGUGCCUCUCCUGCCCAACGACUGCCCCUUGGAUGUGUCCCAUGCCAUAUGUUCCAUCGGAGACGACAAGGUGUUCGUGUGUGGAGGCGUCACCACAGCCGGCAACGUUCAGGCAAAGGACUACACCAUCAAUCCCAAUGCCUACCUGCUGGACCAAAAGACAGGCGAGUGGCAGAUCCUGGCCUCCCCACCCGAGGCCCUGGACUGUCCUGCCUGCUGUCUAGCCAAGCUACCUUGCAAGAUUCUUCAAAGGAUUUGAACAAGU